AUGUCACCUCCACCUGCAUUGCGCCUACUACGGCCAAUCCAGCUAUCCCACCACUUACCUCGGCACCUCACCCUCAGACCCGGAUCAAUCUCCAUCACACGCUGGCAAAACCGAACAUAUGCCUCACAAACAUCCGAUGAUCAACGCGAGGCGCAACUGGAUCGGAAGAAGAUGAAUACGGAAUCACAGGAAUAUGGGUCGACGGAUGAUGCCUCCGCGAGCAACGAGGAAGCUGCGUUCGAUCCCAACAUCACGAGCCCAGAGAAAGCGAAGGAGAAGGCCGGCGAGGGAAACGAUGCCAAUCCUCUGGCAGGGAGUGCAGCGGACCCAGAUUUGAGCCAGCCAACGAGCGAGGUUGAGGGUGGAGCGGACAAGAAGGUCAGUGAGGGUGGUGGUGGGCGCAAGGCACCGGACGAGGGGAAGGGGAGUGAGAGUGUAUAA